UUAAUGCACAUUCAUCUGCUGGUUGUUCAGACACUUGGAAGUCGUAGUAGACUUGGGCAGCAAAAUUCAAUAAAUUUUAUACUGAAGGCUUUGACAAACGAAUCUGAAAACCCGGUUAAGAUGGAAAAUAGAAAACUGCGCGAGUUUGGUAAAGCGAAGGAGGACACAAUUGAUUCAAUCUCUAAUGAUGGCAGCACCACGCGCACACUGAAGUCGAAGAUAAUGGAUUCGAACGCCCCAUUGGAUGUAACUGGCACCGGAACAGAUACUAUAACCGACUGCGUUGCAAAGCUACCAGAGGAGCAAGUAGCCGAUGCUGCACAGGGUAAAAAGCAGCAUCAGCAAAUUGAUGAACCGGAGGCCGGAGGCAAUCAGCAGUCCUCUGGAGGGCCGGAUGCUGCCGAUAAUGGUCAGGCUCAGGAGCAGCCAAAGCAGAAGGGCUGCGACAAGUGCGGCAAGAAAUUUGGCCUGACCGGCGGGUUCUCCUGCCGUUGCGGCGGCACAUUUUGUGCCUUCCAUCGCUAUAGCGAUCGCCACGAUUGCAGCUUCGAUUAUCGCGAAAUGGGCGCCAGCGAAAUACGCCGUGAUAAUCCGUUAGUUGUGCCCGAAAAGCUGCGCAAGCUCUAGCGACUGAGCACCUUAACGCCGGCUUGGCCCUUCUUUCAAUUGCAGUUGUUAUUGUUAUAUAUAUAUAUAUAUAUUUUUGUUUAAUCAUUUUUUUGGCAUGAGCUGAGCUAAACUGCAUUCACCACAAAACAACACACAAUAGAAACCGAGCUAGCGCAAUUACAAAACACAGAGAACAUGUACAACCAAAACAAAAACAACGAGGCAUAGCAUAAUGUACAAUAAAUCUUACUAAUGUAGUAUUAUUGUAAAACUA